AUACGCAUGCUCAGAUGACGUCAUGUCCAGGAAGGCAGCCAUCUUGGAUCCUGUAAUGUUUUGAUUUGACUUUCGUCUCACUUUUCUGUGGAAUUUUCUCCCAAAAGUCGGCAAGUCGGCGACAAGAUUCACCGCUGUUAGAAAGAUCGCGAUCUUAGGUCAUCCAGGAUGACCAUCUUGCCGAAGAAAAAGCCCGAGAACGACGGGCAGGAGUCGACUUCUGGGGAACAUUCUCACCCGCACAGGGUGCCUCACACUCACGGGCACAGCUCGCACCCCCACCCGCACGGGAACGUCCCCGAGGCCCGGGUGACAGUCCGACCCCGCUCGUCUCCCCCACGAUGGGGGGCAGGAGGGGCCUCUGCACGGGAGGAACGCUUCUCAAGCGAUGAGGACGCCCCAGAAUACGGAGCGCACUCGCAUUCUGGACAUGCCAACAAGCGCCGGCAUCGCUGCUCAGGCUCCCCUCUCCGCGGCUCCAGAAAAAGGGGGGGUCUGUCUGUAGGGGGGCACACGGCGCACCCCGUGGGGUCCCCCCAGGCCCGGCCCGUGGAGAACACCGGUGGGGAGGAGCAGCCAGACGCUGCCCCGGUCUACAACAGCGAGGACGAGUAUGAAAACUCGCAAGAUGUGGACGACAAGACACUCAUGGAGAUGGAGGCUCGGUUUGAACAUGCUCUGAAAGAAAAGAAGGGCUGGACCAUUCGGCAGAUGGGGGUGGAUGGGGCCUGUCUGUUUCGUGCAGUCGCUGACCAGGUAUAUGGUGACCAGGAGAUGCAUUCCAUAGUGCGGAACCACUGCAUGGACUACAUGUUGAAAAACUAUGACUACUUCUCCCAGUACGUGACUGAGGACUUCAUGACGUACAUCAACCGGAAGCGUAGCGACCAUUGCCAUGGUAACCACCUGGAGAUGGUUGCUAUGUCGGAGAUGUACAACCGACCCAUUGAGGUGUACCAGUACAGUACAGAGCCAUGCAACACAUUCCAUGGCAUGCAUGUGACGGAUAACGAGCCCAUCCGCGUGAGUUACCACAUGAAGCGGCACUACAAUUCCAUAGUCAACCCGUGGAAGGCCACCAUCGGUGUGGGGCUGGGGCUGCCGGCUUUCAAACCUGGGCUUGCAGACAAACAACAGGUCGAUGAUGCAAUCAAAGCCUCGGAAGAGUCAGAACUUCAACAGACCAUGUUGGAGGAUAAGAUGCGGUACACCGACUGGGAAGCCACCAACGAGGCCAUAGAGGAACACGUGGCGCGGGAAUCCUACCUGGACUGGCUGAGGGAACAGGAGAAACGAGCGCGACAGGCCACCGCUCCACGUAGUGCCAGCGCAACGUGUAGUUCGGCCGAGGCGGCGGCCAGUCGUCCCCGCGGAGGGCGUUCCCCGCGGAACCACAGUACCAACAACUCGCCGGCCAACACCCCCGAGAGACCGGAGAGCAGCGAGCACCACGGACCCCCCUCCCCACGCGCCGCCGGCACGUCAGGGGAUCCUCAUGUACAUACCACUGUAGAUAGGAUAGGUAGCCCAGUUGUGCAAGGACCCAGUACAAAAAGCCCCAGCCCCCUUCCCAUGGGAGCGGAGGGCGGUGCUUCCCCUGUGGCUGGCGUCUCCGGAACCCUGGAGGAUAUACCACCCGCAGCAUACGGUCUGACAGACUGGGACGAUGACGACCUCCUCGCCAAUGUGCUGGCCAUCUCACAACAGGAGUACCUGGACUCCCUCAAAAGAACAGUAGCCGUCAACAACCCCGAACAACAACAACAACAACAACAACACAUGGACACUCUCCCCUCAUUCAGUAUGCAACACUCGGAUGCAAAAGGCUCCAGCUAAUGCUGGCUUGAAGACUGUCUUUCCAGAAAAAAUGUUUUUGAUUUU